CUUUAUUUUCAUACACAGCUCUUCUUCUAAAGGAGGUCAAUACAGUUUUAUAAAUGGCCACGACCAUCGAGCUCUCUUUAAAAGAUUCCUUCGGUAUAAUAACCGCGAUAUGGCUGUAUCAGCAAAGGAACAGUCAACAUACUGCAACAUCAUGGAAGGAAGGCCCUGUCGAGCUGCCUGUUUUGACUGGGAUUUCAGGAACGUAGCUAUUACAGCACCAGCAGAAAGGGAAGGAAUUUUUAAUGAAAGACAAAGAUUUGUGAAGAUGAUCAAGAAUCUUAACUUUACCAUCUAUCCUUCAGAAAAAGAAGUUAAAGUAACCCGAAAUUUACCCAAACGAAACUUUAUCAAGGAGUUAAAAAAAUUUAAAAAUCUGUGUGUGUCAGAACCUUGUGGCUGCAUUUUGCUGUCCAUUUCUUCACAUGGAGUGAUUGUGAAAAUGAAUGACCAAAUAGACAGUGGGGAUUUUGAAACAUAUGAAGAUUUUAUCCUAACUCACCCUGAGCCUGACGAAAAUGAGUUUUCCGAGAAUUAUGUUGAUGAACGUAUCUCAGUCAAAGAAAUUAUAGACGUGUUUACAGAUAAAGGAUUGAGAAACAUUCCGAAAAUAUUCUUAAUUCAGGCAUGUAGGAACCGAUUUCAUGCAGCUAAUCAAGAUUCAGAUGUAGAUAUUGGCUUUGAUGUGUGUGUUGUACGAGAUAACGGAGAGGGUGUACCAUUGCCACUAAAUGAUUUACGAGUCCCACCAGAUCCUCCAGGCACAAACAUAGCGUACUCCCCGCCAUAUUUAGAGAACAGUGUCAUUGUCUUCUCCACUCCUUUUGCACCUCCCAAAUCCAAAACCAACAUUUUUUUGGACCGUAGUAGGAAAGGAGUAAUGAACAUACAUGUUUUUACUAUGAACAUAUAUAUGGCUGAAAUAGGAAUCGAACCUGGCAAGGACCCCUGCAAUAAUAGUUAUUCUACAGGAGCCAUGUCUAACUUUGGAAGUCACGUGUGGUGUGUUCUUCAAGAAACACUAAAAAGUAUGGUACCAGUAAAUGGAUCAAUAAAUCUUCUUGACUGGUUAAAGAAGACAAAUGGAGAUCUGGCUAAAGAUGAAAAAUUUGAAAUUAAAGAUAAUUUGAAAUACAAACCUCUUCUCAGUAUCAGCCAUACACUGACAAAACAAAUUUUGUUAAAGCUACAGCGCGACUGAUUUUCAAAUCUGGUAAUAUUUAUUCUUUUAAAGUAACCGUGAAUAUGUACGUGAUACGUUUUCAUAAAUCAAAUAUAUACAUCAAUUAAAAUAUGUAGGUAAAUAAUAAAAGUUCUUCAAUCCUCGAUCAGCCCAAUAAAAUUUAUUUAUUUAAACAGUAUUUUAUUAUGCAAUAUAACACAUAAACGGAUGGGAUAGCAGGCAUUGCCUAUAUAAAUCCUCUCCGACAUACAAGGUCAAGGUCAUAUAUAUAUACAAUAUUUAGUGCCAUAAUGAAAAUAAUAUUUGAAAUAUAUGAGCAGAAAAUGCAAUAGGUAUUAUAAUAGUUAUCAUUAUAAUAUUAUAAAUUGUAGUAACUAAAAGUGAUAAUAAUUAGAAAAAAAAUACAAACAAAAGGUUUUACACGCUGGUUCAGGUUCUGUGGUAUAUGACAAUAGGAAAGACUAGAUGGAUUAUUUAAACUUUGAAGUGUUAUUGUCAUUCAAACGACGUCUCAAACUCGAGAUUUAUGUUUUUGGAAUCUCCAGUGAAUUGUGUUGUACUUAAUUUAUUACAGUGUAUCAAUAAAACAUUAUCAGA